AUGGUUUGGCAAGGUGUGCCCGAAGUGACCUGCCGGGGAACGGCCACUGAGAUCGGCCUCUGCCACGGCACGGUGGCGCGAGAUCGCAUUCACCUCAACAUCAAGAACUAUACUAUCUUGUACGAAGAAACGGCCAAGAUUCCCUGGAGUCAAGCGCGAGCUCGCGCCGAGACAUAUGUACCGACCCUGGAGCGUCUGGUGCCGGAGAUCCUGGAGGAGAUGAAGGGCAUCGCGGAGGGUGCUGGGGUGGAUGUGCUGGACAUCAUCGCGCUGAACAUCCGGAGUGAGAUCAGCCUGACCAACUUCAAGGGUGAAGCUUCGGACGGGUGUACGUCGCUGGGUCAGGCGCCGGACGCGGGAAAAGAGGCCAUCUUUAUCGCUCAGAACUGGGAUUGGACCGCCGAGGCCGCCGAAGCGGUCGUGCUGCUUGAUGUGCAGAGGGCCACCGACGGCUCCCCAAGGAUUCAGAUGCUGGGAGAAGCUGGGCUGGUGGCCAAGUAUGGAUUCAAUGACCGCGGCCUCGCCAUCUGCAUGAAUGCCAUUCGGUCCUCCGCCGUCGACCACUCGAAACUGCCGAUUCACGUCGCGCUGCGCAAGGCGCUGGAGGCGAGUUCCCUCCAAGAAGCUCGCGCCACGCUCGACAAGUUCGGCGUGGCCUCGUGCAUCAACUUCAUGAUCGCCGACAAGGCCGGGAAUCUCGCCACGAUCGAAUGCACGCCGAUGGGCAACUUCCCCAUCUGGCCGGACGCCGACGGCACGGUGUGCCACAGCAACCAUCUGAUUUCGCCCAGCAAGCCCGACAAGCUCACCGACGUUCCGGCGCCCAAUUCCUUUGCGCGGCUCGCGAGGAUGAAGGAGAUUUCAGUCGGCGUGAAGCCGUCGUACGAGACGAUUCGACAAAGAAUGUGCGACGAGACCAACUCUCCCUUGGCCAUCUGCAGAACGGCACAGCCUGGCACACACGGGCUGGAUUCGAUAUGUACCCUCUCGACCUUCAUCGUGGAUGUGAAGAAUAACAGGGCCGAGCUGUCACUAGGGAAGCCUAGCCUGAGCCCGCCUGUUAAGGUCAUGGCUUUUUAG